GAAGAACCGAAGAUCAACAACAACAAUCAAUCACGAUAAACAUUUGUUCAAGAAAUAUUUGUUUUUAUUCUUCAAUUUGUACAUCAAUAUGCAAUUCUAGUAUUAUCAAUCAUUAUGGAUGAUCAGGAGGAUGAACUACAAAUCAAUAGAUUCAUGGUAGCACAGAGAAUUGGAAAUGAAAAAAGUAAUGAUAAAUCUAAACAGUGUAGGCCAUCAAACUCUCAGAAAAAGGUUGACAAAAAUUGCUUGUAUGAUCUACCAACAGAUUUUAUUCGAAUAGAAUACCCUGGGCGUGUUAAAAAUGUAUACAAGGCUAUUGAAAGUUUAGGUGGUAUGCAUGGAAUUGAAAUGGCAGUAUCUGAUAGUAGGAAUAAGCUAGAUAUCCGUUUUCAUCCUAUGAACAUUUAUAACAAGCCAUGUACUGGAGACAGAGACACUGCCCCUGGAAUUUUGAUCAAAGUAAUAAAAAGGGGAGAUAAAUUGGAUUAUGAUAUAUUUGGAGUAACCUCACUGAACUACACCUUCAAUAAGUUAUGUGACUUCCAAUACUUACCUCUUGUACCCAAUGGUACCUCAAGAGAUGAUGUUACUCUCAUCCAUAAUAAGAUCAUCCCAGAAAAAAUUGCUGAUGUGGAGUACUUUGAAUCAGAAGAAGCCAAGACAAUCCCAAUAUUCAGUUUACCAACAAAUUUCUCACGUUUUGAAGCACAAAACAAUCUGUACCUGAAUGCUGUUGAUAAAUUUAGUGAGGAGAUCCCCAACAGGCCUUACAUGUUCAAAAUGUGGGCUGGAAAGAGGCCAAGGAAACCUCACCAGAAAAUAUUUGCAAAUACAGUAAAUUUUCAUGAUCCCAAUAUGGUCAUACCAGAACAGCCACCCUUACCUGCAGUAGAACUAAUUGAAGAAAGAGGAUUAGAGAAGGAACUUGGAUUGGUGAAGAAGUUAUUUGAUGAGAGGCCAAUGUGGACAAAUGUGGCCAUCCAGCAUAAAACCGGGAUAACAAAUGAUAAGACAAAAAUUAUUCUUCCUUUUCUGGCAUAUUUUUGUACAAUUGGACCCUGGCGAAGUUUAUGGACCAAGUAUGGUUAUAAUCCCUUGAAAGAUUACAAUUCCAGGAUAUACCAAACGCUAGAUUUCCGCAUUAGAUCAAAAGAGGGAUCAACAAUCAAGGUUACCCCAAAACGAGCUUAUGCUACAAAGAGAGAUUUUAGAUCUAUUGAAAGUACUGAGAAUAGUGAGGUUCCAUCCAAAACCAAACAACUUGAUGAAAGGUGCUAUGUUUUGGACCCAGACCAUAUUCCUCCUGCCAGGCAAAUGUUCUACCAGUAUUGUGAUAUCAGAAUACCAGAAAUUAAGGAGAUGCUUCAAAGGCUUCCCAAAUAUCCAAGCAAUCCAAGAUUUGAUCCUAAAAAUGGCUGGCUGCCAGCCAAUUUUACAGAACAAUGCAGAGAAAUAGCCAACAGGUAUGUAAUGAAAAGAGUCCGCAAAGAACUAGCUGAAGACAACAAGAGACUGCUGCAGAUGCAAAGAAACAGAGAUUCGGAGGCCGGUCCUAGCAGAGAAUCGAACCCGGCGACUUACUGCAGCAAAAUGCUGAGCAACAUAAAAAAGGGCAUUUACAAGAGCGUGAAUUUGGCAGGAGACCUUCUAGAAAGGGAAGAAGAACAGCCCUCAGGAACUAGCGAAAGUGAGCAGGAACCCAUGAUUAUUGAAAUUAACUCCACUGAAGAUUCUAUUUACGAUUCGGAAGACAUUAUCAUGGAAGAAGUUGUUGCUUCUAUUCCAGAGAGGAUGGAGGAAAAUAUAGACGACGAUAACCUUAGUCAGUGUUCUGAUAUAGAAAUAGAUUUGGAAACCGUGGAGGAAAUCAAUCAGCUGAUUGCAGACACCAAAAAGGAUUUGAGAUCCUAGGUAUAAGAAAACACUAGUGUUAUAUUCUUUCUAAUUGCAUAAUAAAAAAAUAUCAUAUUUUC